CACAAUUUGACAUUGACAUUUAUUGCUUUGCCUUAGCAGGUUGUGUUUUCUAAAAUUGCACUGAAAUUACGAAAUAAUUUACGUUUGCUACGAUUUUUAUGUGCUAACGUUGCAAUUUGUUAGACAGGAAUUACAAGAGAAUGGCUUUCUCAAUGUUACUACGCAGACCAGUCUGCUCAGGUCCUGUCCUGAUGCAGCAAGCAAUGAAGCUGGCAACAAAGCCUGCCAUGAGGCCUGCAUCCCAGAACACCCUCCAGUCAUUGAAGAGCACCUUGUUGAAGACUGAAACUACACCUAUCUUGAACUCUGUCCGCUCCUUCCGCACAUCAGCCAUCAGAUUUGCGGAGGGCAAGUCGCAGGACCACUCCAAGCUGUGGGUGAUAGAGAGGGUGACGUCAGCUGCUCUCAUCCCAUUGAUGCCGCUUGCAUUAAUCGCGCCCAGCAAGAUACUUGAUUCUGCACUCGCCAUCAUCAUGGUUGCCCAUAGCUUCUGGGGCCUCGAAGCGAUCGCAGUGGACUAUGUCCGCGCGAGCAUCUUUGGACCUGUUAUCCCCAAGAUCGCCAUCGGCCUGGUCUACCUUAUCUCCAUAGCGACCCUCGGAGGCCUGUUCUACGUCAUCACCCACGAUAUAGGCAUCGCUAACACAGUUAGACAGUUCUGGUCCAUUAAGGCUGGACAGCAUGCGUAAGAAUUGAGUAUUCUAGAAACAAGGCUAUUUAUAGAUUGGUUUACUCCCUAUAAAAUUUAUCGCAUACCAAUACUGACGGUUCGCAAAACUCUCAGGAAUUGCCCUAGCAGCGAGCAUACAAUUUUAAUGAAUAUGGCAUUUGCCUGUGUCAAAAAUAAAUUAUUUCUCCGUGAUUAUCAAAUGGAGGGUCUUCCAAAAUACAUAAAAUCCACCUCCUUUGUGAGUUUAAAAUGUAAUAACCAUUUAAAAUUAUCGAUUAAACUUAAAAAGCACGUCAAAUCGUUGUGACGUCACAUGCCAGUAUUUCAUACAAGCUCGAGCGCGUGUUUUGAAGAUUGAUAAAAAGAUACUGAUUUGACUAGUUGUCAAACAUGGGAUUGGACCCAUUCCCCAUUUUGGAAGCCAGUUAAAAAGGCUGAUUUUUACGAUUAAAAAAGUCUGCUGAAGUGGCAAUGGGCGUGGCACAUAUUUUGAAAUACCGAUAUACUUGGGGUCCCAAGGUGGAUUGACGACAUCAAACGCCGUGGCGUGUGUAAGUCCGUAUAAAAAGAUCUAUGUCCAACAGUGGGCGUCUAUUCGUUGAUAAUGAUCAUGAUGCUAUGACGACCGAUAUUUCUUAUUAUUAGUACCGCAUGACCAAAAGGAGUAAACCAAUCUCGCGUACACUU